UCGAAACGGAUGUAGCGCUGAUUAGGGAGCUAAGAUUUGAUUGGAUAAAAUGUGCUAAUUGCACGAAGGGCAGGUGAUAUUUGUAACAGCCACGCGCAUGGUCACGGUAGAUUGACAAACAGCGUACCGUGACCGAUAUAGGCAAAGCGGAGUAGCGCGGCUAACACAUGAGUAGAGGCGCUCAUACGACAGGCUACAGGGACAGGUUAUUGUUUGAGGACGAUAGAGAGGAACAUAUUGCAGAGACGUCGUCGGGAGCGAGAAAAAAUAUCCCAGGUUCAGCGAUGCCGCAUACGGGUCAGACCGGUGUGAAUCAGCUAGGAGGUGUUUUUGUGAAUGGCCGACCACUUCCGGAUCAGGUCCGCAGAAGAAUUGUGGAGCUUGCGCAUAUGGGAGUUCGUCCGUGUGAUAUUUCUAGACAGCUUUUAGUUUCGCAUGGUUGUGUCAGCAAAAUUCUCACAAGAUAUUACGAAACUGGCUCCAUAAAACCAGGAUCUAUAGGAGGAAGCAAGCCAAAGCAAGUUGCAACCCCCUACGUGAUUAAGAAAAUUUUGGAUCUAAAGAGACAAAACCCCGCCAGUUUCGCUUGGGAGAUCAGGGACCAAUUGAUGGCUCUGGGUGUCUGUGAUGAACAUACAAUUCCUAGUGUCAGCUCAAUAAAUCGAAUUCUCAGAAACGCAGGAACCAUGACUGCCAACUUUUUGUACCAACAGGAAGUCGCUAUGGAACAACUUUCCACUUCCGGUUCGCAGUGUCAGACAUUGCCUAUGAUGGUACCGCCACACGGAUAUACGUCAUUCCCAAUGGCAGUACCUGGUUUGUCUUAUCCGAAAUUGGUCGAACAAAUUGACUCUGCUAAGAAAUCUUCGGAAGAAGAAGCCUCGACAACAGAAAAACGUACAUCCGAAUCAGAUGAUAAAAGUGAUAAAGAGGACGAAUGUGUUAAAGGAGAGAAGGACGAGAAAGAGGAAAAAGACGAUGGCUUCAAAUUAGAGGAGCGGUUUCCUAGUAUAGUCGCCAAACAGCAGAACUCUUCACAGUCAAUAUCGCGACCUACUCUACAACAAGCCAGACUGAAGUGUCAUCCUUUCAAACCAGUAAAACGCUUCCCGGAUGAAUCUUGCUAUCAGCAUCACAGUAGUCUUCUCUAUCCUCAUCUCUUCAUGUUACCGUCAUACACGGCCUCCAAUCAGAUCAGAAUGGCAGAACAUUUCAGCUCUAUGGCACAUCGUAACUUUGGUCAGCAGUAUUUCUCAAAUCAAAUUCCUCCAACAUGAAUACCGAACAUUUAAAAUUAAACUCAUUGUUUUUUCCUUAUCCCUCCCUCACACCAUAGGACAGGUAUUUUUGAUGGAGAGAGAGAGAGAGAGAGAGAGACAGAGACAGAGAAAGAUAGAGCGACAGAGACAGCGAGAUAGAUAGAGAGAUAGGCAGAGAGAGAGAAAGACAGAUAGACAGAGAGAGAGAAAGACAGAUAGACAGAGAGACAAACAGGGGUGGAAGUUCUAGCACGAUACUCUCUGGACAGAGGAUCGCACAAACCGGCCAUUAACCGUGUAUUACGUAAAUGGUUUUUGAUCGAAAUAAUAGCGACAGGAGAGGAAUUGGUCUUAAUUUCUGGGCAAUCUGCCCGCUUGUCAAGUCACAAAUCAAACCUACAAAGUAAAAACACAGGGAGUGUUCAUACUCCACAAAAAACAUGACGCAAUUGUUUCACAUAAAACCACUUAAGAACAACAUAUUCUCAAUUUCAAUCUACUGAUUUUAGCUUAGCAGAAAUUCAAAAAUAAUCUGGACUAUAUUCAAAAUAAGCAAUACUCGUUUUCAACGAUUAUCAAAAUGAGUUAUUGUAAGUAAUGUUAAAUCUGUCAACGCCUCAGCCUUGCCCUCGAUUGCUUUCAGAACAUUUUUGUUUCAUUUUAUUCCAUAGCCUUUUUUCCUUUUAAUGGAACAUACUAUUUAAACUUAACCGUUUCUUUAAUCCACACUGUCGCUAUUCAUUCAUUGAUCGAGUUUAUAUUUUACUAAUACGUAUACAAUGGACAUUGGUUUGGACACAUCAAUUUGCCACAAUGUCGUACCAUAUAUACAUUGUUUACGACUGACAGUAUUGUUCUAGAUUUGGAAUAAUAAACAAAAUUGAUGUAGUUGAUGAACCUGGGUUUUUUUUCAAAUAAAAAAAACCCCAAAACCACAGCGCUAAUUUAUAUCAGGUAGAUGGUGCAUUGCAACUGAUUUCAACAGAGUGUCGAUUUCUAAAAAUGUCUGUUUCCAAAGAUAGUGUCUGAUUUCAACAGAGUGUCGAUUUCUAAAAAUGUCUGUUUUCCAAAGACAUUGUCUGAUUUCUGCUGACGGUGUCUGAUUUCAACAGAUGGUGUUUGAUUGAUACAGACAGUGUUUUAUUUCCAAAGAUGGUGUCUUGGUUGGAAGAUUUUGUAGACCUUUGCAAAGCUAAGGAGAAACACUCCAUACUCGGGCGUUUUUACGACAAUUUCUAAGUUGUGUGCAUAACGGUUAUCCAUGUACCUGUAUCAUUUUAACAGUAUUGACUUAUAACAGCCAAAUAAAACAUCCAAAACAUCA